AUGCCCGCUCACGUGUUUCAACUGAAGUCGGUGCUUUGCUGCUUGUGUGUGGUGCUGCCCUGCGGCAGCUGGCAGCAAUCACAUGCAUCCGCACGUCGUAUCUUCCGGCACCAUGACGCCGCGCAUCCCAUCUCAUAUGGUGUCCAGCUACCAAUGGGCAGGGCACCAUUUGCAUUUGCUAGUGUUACAUCUGAGGAGCUGGUCGAUUUUUUGUUGCAUGAUCCUUGCACAUCCUACCUGUUGGACGACUGUUGCGACCCUGCUUGUUUGCGAAGCCAGUGGGGCUUCGAGGAAGACAGCAUCAACGAACAAUGCGAAAACAUAUUGAAAGCUGACUGGCAUGCCAGCAGCUUUUGGGGAGCUUGCUCUGCCAGGCUCUUCGUGCCUCGUACAGAUGAAUUCUUACCAGCUCGUCCAGCACCUGUUCGAAUCCAGGCAUUUAUUCAGGCUUUCCAACAUGCAUCGGCAGCAUGUUGGGGACGGCUGGCACAAGCUCUACAUGCUCAGGAGUGCCAGGCAAGUGGCAACCGCGAACUGCAACACAGUCUCAAGGUGUUUCGACGCUGCCUGGAAGAUCGUACUCAUUUCACUGGGGUGGAGGCGCAGAUCUGGAAGGGCGGUGAGUUGACAAUGGAUUCACACACAGAUGGAGCUACUGCCAUGCUGCAUUUGGGGGUGACGCUUGGUGGCAACCGGAUGCUGAGAAUUGGAAAGUUUGACGAAAGGCACGCGCCAUACAGGCCACAAGAGAACCGUCGAAGAGGUAUGAGAUCUGGUGAUGAAAUCAGCGUGUGGAACGAAGCAGCUUAUGCUGUUCAAGAGUUGUGGGACAUGGAGCAAUCCCGUGGAUGUUUUUACGUUACUUCGCCGUUCUGCUUUGAGCAUGGUGUCAAAUACCAAAAGCAUGCCAUCAACACGACAUUUGCGUUGCAGUGCCGGUUUGCAUUUUCAAACCUGACAGACGCACGGCUCGUCAAUGGCCAGCGUACCAAUGUCAUGCGAGAAAUUGCAGAUGUCAUUGCGCACUCCUUGGUUGAUUCCAUUGAUCGCAAAGAGCUCCAAUUACCGACGCUUCAAGAGCCGCUCGGUAUAAUUACCACUGCUGCCAAGAAACCAGCCCGCAUGAUCCCACCAUUAGAUUAA